AUGUCGGCCUCAGCACCCUUCCGCGCCCGGGAUCCCGGGUGGUUAUAUAUACGCUGGCGAGGCGGUGAAUGCUACAUAGCAUAUCUCCCUCACUGUCCGUUCUGCAUCCACAUCCUCCAACAUGACGCUCGCGAUGAAGACCGCGAACAGCGUCGUGCAGAAUGGCUCGAAGGCGCUCAAGGCGAGCGCCGCGCAGGGUCCCAACGACCACGGAGCCCCUCCCCUCCCUUCAAGCGGCCUUCUUCGCCCAGCCUCGUCCGCCCAUCCCAACCCCUCAAACGUGGCCUACUUCCCCCUGCUCUCGACCCCGACACCCAUCACCACCGCUGCCUUGCGCAGCUGCGGUCGAAGGACAAGCCUCUCGAGAAAUACAUCUACCUCACCUCGCUCAAGCACACCGACCCGGACCAGUUCUUCAAGUUGUGCAUGAACUACAUGAGCGAGUGUACGCCGAUCAUCUACACGCCGACCGUCGGCGACGCAUGCUUGCAGUUCUCCAACAUCUACAGGCGGCCGGAUGGUUUGUUUGUCUCCAUCAAAGAUAAGGGCAGUAUCGGCGAGGUCCUGCGCAACUGGCCAAGGAUGGAAGAUGCGCGGAUAUCCGUCGUCACUGACGGAUCCCGCAUCCUCGGCUUGGGUGAUUUGGGCGUGAACGGUAUGCCCAUAUCCGUCGGCAAGCUGUCCCUGUAUGUCGCCGGCGCGGGCAUCCGCCCACAUUCCACCGUGCCCAUUUGCCUCGACCUCGGCACGAACAACCAGCAGAACCUCGCCGACCCGUUCUACCUCGGCCUGCGGCAGCCGCGCGUGUCGGAGCAGGAGAUGGACGAGUUCAUGGAUGAGUUCAUGCACGAGAUGCGGGUCAACUUUCCCAAGCUCUUGGUGCAGUUCGAGGACUUCUCCACGGACCACGCCUUUGGCUACCUCGCGCGGUAUCGGCACAAGUACCCCGUGUUCAACGACGAUAUUCAGGGCACGGGCGCCGUCGUGCUCAGCGGGUUCAUCAAUGCUGCGCGCCUGUCGUCUGCCGCGUCUGGGCGUCCCUUGACGGACCAGCGCGUGCUGUUCUUCGGCGCGGGCAGCGCUGGCGUCGGCGUAGCGCAGCAGCUCAUGAGCUUCUUCACGCUGAACGGGCUUAGUGAGGAGGAGGCCAGGGAGCGCAUAUACCUGGUGGACUCGCAAGGCCUAGUGUACGACGGACGGGGGAAGCUGCAGGAGCAUAAGAAGUACUUCUCCCGCAAGGACUACACCGGCCCGCCGAUGAAGAGCCUCCUGGACAUCGUCGACCACGUCAAGCCGACUGCGCUGCUGGGCCUCUCCACCAUCACCGACGCCUUCACCCCCGAAGUCAUCCGCCGCAUGUCCGAGCUCAAUCCGCGCCCGAUCAUCUUCCCCCUCUCCAACCCCGUCCGGCUGUCGGAGUGCUCCUUCGAGAGCGCGGUCGCGCACUCGGACGGCCGCGUCCUCUUCGCGUCGGGCUCGCCUUUCGAACCGAUCGACUUCAACGGGCGGACGCUGUACCCGGGGCAGGGCAACAACAUGUACAUUUUCCCCGGCUUGGGGCUGGGCUGCAUCCUCGCCCGCGUGUCGGCGGUGACGGACUCGAUGGUCGAGGCGUCGUCGCUCGGGCUGGCGAACUCGCUCACGGAGGACGAGCGGGCGCAUGACCUGCUAUACCCGCGUAUCGAGCGCAUCCGCGAGAUCAGUGCUGCUAACGCCGCCGCGGUCAUUCGUGCCGCGCAGAAGGCGGGCGUGGACCAGAACGAGGGGCUACGUGGCCUGUCGGACGAUGAACUUCUGGAAUACGUGAAGCAGAAGAUGUGGAGCCCGCUGUAGAGUGCUGUCGUUCCUCCCUUCCGUCCCUCUCCCCUCUCUCUCCCCUAAUCUAUGCUAAUAUGGUCUCCUCGUGUUGUGUAUUGCUCUGGAUCUCACUGGAUAUGCUGUCGGACCGUUGUAGAAAUCAAUAGUAACUUAUACCCUACUAAAAUAUCGAGUCUUGCUCUCCUUGCC